CAUCUUAUCAGGAACGAAAGAAAACCGCUAUGUAGCGAAACUGCUUUAGGAGAAAACGAGCAACAUAGCAGCGACUCUAGGAUUGUUUUCAAUAAUUCGAAGCGGCGCGGCGGUAUAGUAUAAACCCGUUUUGAAGAUGAAAGUGAGAUAACACGUGUGUGUUUGUUGUUAAGAGCAGAAAUGGAGAAGCAGUCGCGUCUGUUGUGCUCCGAGCUGUGUGUUCAGCGUAGACUGUUUGAGGUCACAUUAAACCGCACGGCUCUUGCGUGGAAAGACACAGAGAUCACCAAAAAACACACCGGACGCGCCAUAUAUGGAGCUGUCAAAGCGGGUAUUCAUUGUGUCCCAGUGUGUGAAAUUAUAGCAGUUCAGGAAAAAGAAGAUGACUCUCCUUGUAAAGACACUGGGAAAUGGCAGAAGGUUCCUCCGAGCCCAGCGGACUCAUACCAGCAUGCUUUCACAGUGUUCUACAUAGAGAGGAUGAGGCAGCACUGCUGGCGGUGCAGCAAUGUGACUUUUCACUGCUCUGUACAUUCCACGUGUCUGCUCUGGGUCCAAACUAUUAGGGAACAACUUGCAUUGUUGACCAAUCGACCAAAGAAUUUGCUAGUGUACAUCAACCCCUAUGGAGGAAAACAACGUGGGAAGCAGAUUUACGAUCACAAAGUGUCCCCCAUCUUUUCCCGGGCUUCCAUUUCCACCGAUGUGAUUGUUACCGAGCGUGCAAAUCAUGCCAGGGACCACCUCAAGAUGGAGGCUGAUCUGAAGAAGUAUGAUGGUGUGGUGUGUGUUGGAGGAGAUGGCAUGUUCAGCGAGAUUAUGCAUGGCCUUGUCUCCCGUACACAGCAAGAAGCAGGUGUGGACGACAACUCUACGGAGGAGACCCUUAUGCCAUGUGGACUUCGCAUUGGCAUCAUUCCUGCAGGUUCGACUGACUGUAUAUGCUACGCAACGGUUGGCUCAAAUGAUCCUGUCACCUCAGCACUGCACAUCGUUGUGGGUGAUUCUCAGCCAAUGGAUGUCUGCUCAGUGCACAAUGAAGACCACUUCCUGCGUUACUCUGUGUCACUAUUGGGUUACGGGUUCUACGGAGAUGUGCUGACAGACAGUGAGAGGAAGCGCUGGAUGGGUCCGGCCCGUUACGAUAUCUCAGGUGUUAAAACGUUUCUGUCACAUCGCUACUAUGAGGGAACAGUGUCUUUUUUACCUGCUGAAGGGAACUCAGGAACUCCCAGAGACAAAAUGCUGUGCCGAUCUGGGUGUAGUAUCUGUCAGCAAUCGUCUUCUGAUGAACUGGUCAGCAAAAAUGAAGACAGCGUUUCUGAUGCUGAGUGUCAGGAUACAUGGACGGUCAUCAGAGGAAAGUUCUUGGCCAUCAAUGCAGCCAGCAUGAGUUGUGCAUGUCCUCGUAGUCCUAAAGGUCUGUCGCCAUCAGCGCACUUAGCAGAUGGAAGUACUGACCUCAUCCUCGUCAGGAGGUGCUCCAGACUCAACUUCCUGCGCCACCUGCUGCGCCACACCAAUAAGAAAGACCAGUUUGAUCACUCUUUUGUGGAGGUGUACCGGGUCAAGCAGUUCCGAUUCACCCCCAGAUACCAGGAGUGUGAUUCCGAAGUGGACCUGAGAGAGAGCGGAGCAACAGGCAAGCAGUUUCUUAGUCAGAUCUGCAAGGAGCACAGAGCCUGUGGCUGCAUGCCUUCCCAGAGCAACUGGAACUGUGAUGGAGAGAUCCUUCCACACACUGCCAUUCAAGUCCGGGUCCACAACCAAUUGAUCAAGCUGUUUGCGAGAGGCAUUGAAGAGCAGCCGGUGUUUGAGGACCCGUUUGCUCACUGUGCAAUAUAGAUCCCCACUCCACUUAAGAAACCUCUAGCUGGAUCAUGAAGAAUUGAGAUUCUCUGAAUGGAAGCGUCACCUUCAGCUCAGCACAAUAUCAUGCCGUUUCUUAUGCUGUUUUACCCAGAUAAUCCUCAUGAAGAUGCUUUGGAAACCCACUGAGCUGGAAUCAACAGCAUUUUCACAGCAUUUAAACAGGCUGUAUUAGUUUUGUGUAAGAUAGGAUUAGCUGUUUAAGCUAGCCGUUAGUAUUGCCGUUUUUUCAUUUCAACCCUUGAAGACCUUGAAGUUACUGGUGAUAUCUCAUGUUGUAUGCGACGGCUUCCAGUUGUCAAGCAUUUGUCUUCCACCAUGAUCAAGCUGGUCUUGAGAGUAGCGGAAAUUGAAUCCCAAAGUCAAAUUCCUGGAACUGUGAGAGCUCUGGUAUGUUUAUAAAAACAUUCUUCUUGGUUGCACCAAAACACUGUUUUUUCUAGACUUUUCUAGAGGUGGUCAGCUGAAGUUACUGGUAUACCAAAAAAGGUUUAUGGUUUAUGUUGAACGCUUUGUUGGUCAUUCAAAAAUAAUAGUUCUGUUAUCAUUUUAUUAAAAAAAAAAAAAAAGAGUUAGAUUCUACUGUCAAACAUAGAAGAUAUUUUAAAUAUGCCACUGAUCUCCAUAGUCAUUUCAUCAACUGUAUUAAAGUUAGCAUGAAGUAAUAUGUCAAAUAGACAGUGAAGCCUACAUUAAAUCAAAUUUACACAUGAUCAGAACAUCAUGUGAUCACUUUAAAGGAGUCAUAUACGGUUAUUAUCCAAAUGGCACAUCCGAUCAUUAUAGAUCCGGUUUCCCCAAAAAAAAAAACACACCCCUUGACCAAUUCCAAUGUAUCAUUUUCCUCUCUUACCACAGUUGGUUUUGUUUUCCAGACAUUUCACACAUCAAAAUGUAGCAUUAGUGAGCUAGAUUACAAGCUUUGACAGCUACACAAUGUCACUGCAGGGUAAGUGUAUGUAAGGCUGUUCAUGAGACCGAAUGUAAAUGUAAAUAUUGUAGCGCUCUUCUCUGCGUUGUCUUACUUGGUGGCACCUCCUGAGAAUAUUUCCUCCCUUUAUAAUGAAUUUUGUGUUUUCUGUUUCCUAUGCCGAUGUCUUAUUUCUUCUGAAAGAUCUUAUUGUUCCUGCGGUAUCAAGUUUUUGAUAGACAGAGAAAUUGCUUUUUGCUGUUAUGCAUGUCAGCGUCUUUAAUAUGCAAUUUUUUAAGUGUUUCCUUGAGCUGUACCAGUGAUUGAGAGCAAGGAUUUCCCUUGAUGCAUCUGUAGAGGCGACAAAACUUCUGUAGCGAGAAUAUUGUUCACUUCCUUCAUAGACUGAAAGAAUGUAUGGAAGCUGAUUUCUGCCACAUAAGAAAAAAAAAUGCUUUGGUAAAUUAUAAUUAUGACAUACGUCAUAUUGAUCAAUUAGGUCAUAAUUAGGAAAUAUAUGUUAAAAAAUGCUAAUAAAAUAAAAUUCAAAAUUAUAUAAAAGGUCAUAAUUGAAAACUGAAAUAAAAAUAAAUUAAAGCUAAAUAGAAAUAAUAAAACAAUACUGAUUAAAAUUGACAAAACCUUUUUAUAUUAAAAUAAAAAUGACUAAAACUUAAAUCUUUUUUUCUACUUUAUCAUAAUUUAUUAUUAAUUAUAAUCUCAUAAUUCACUUAGUAUCUCAUAAUUUUGACUUUUGUCAUAAUUUGUCAUAGGCUUAGAAUUUAGAUUUUCCAAAGGUUAUGGGUUUUUUUUUUGUUUGUUUUUUUUUUUUUUGUGUGGUGGAAAUCAGCUUCACACUAUUGUUGUGUGUGUGUGAAUCUCAGGAAGAAAUUCCCAAGUAACAUUUCACCCUGAAAUAAAGACGAUUUAGAAAUAAUAUUUUUCAAACCGACAAUGGAAACUUUUUUGAAAUGUCAUUGUAUUGUGUAUUUUUGCACUGCAUUGUGGCAUUAUUUUCAUGACUUAUUAGCAUAUAUUCUUUUAAUCAUUGUGCUAAAAUAUGACUAGGAUAUUUCUUGACAGUUUUGAGGGGAAUCACCCAUUUAUACUAAGGACAAUGGAAAUGGUAUCCUCAGAUGCGACCAGGCAAUUCAGAUGUCUCAAGAACCUCUGUCGUUUACGAAUUAUGAACUGUGGCUUGCUGUUUGUCUGUGUAAUAGUAUUUGUGUUUUGUGUAAUAUUAGUCUAAUGUCAAAACUUUUGCAUUUGACACCUAUUCUACUGUUCUUGGUAGCCACUUCAGACCUACUUAAACCUAGUACAUGCUGUGUACGCACAUGAUGUGCCACCACCUUACCCUACUGAUCCAAAGAUAAUAUUCAUAACCCAUUUUAAUUACUUGAAUGUGGCCAUAGUUUUUGGUUUGCAUCACCUUUGGGCUGCCCUGGUGGCAGUUGUUUAUUUACGGCUCAUGACAGAUGUCUGUGUAAUGAACUACAAUGGUUGUCCAGUACUGUUUCUAUGUUUUCAGUUAAAAGUUAAACUGAGUUCACUUAGUAGGGUGUCACCUUAUGCAUUCAAGCACUUGUUAAGACUCAGUAAUGACUGAUAAUCAAGUCAUCUUGCUGGACCCAAGAUGACUUGUAAGACCUGAUGUUUAUUGUUAUGUGUUGAAUGAAAAGCAAAGAAAAUCCAUAAAUAAAGUUCAUUGAACAAC